UAGUACUAGUACAUGGUGUAGACGCUGACUGCACUGGGAGUUUACGUCUGAUCAAUGGGAGCCUGGACAAGUAGGGAAUCAGAUGGGCUGACUGAUUUGACCACUGCUUUUGCCAACCAUCCAUGCUGCGUUAUUUACUUCCAGUGUUGAAGCUGAGCGGUGGAGUGUAGAGUUGUUCGCUUGGAUCGGCCACUACAAACGUUUUCCUGCUGUCCUCGGAUCACUAGCUAAUUGUCACCUCUGUGUUCAUCAGAUCGGAGAGAAAGGCCACUUGUUAUCCUACUCGAUCCUGGCCAAACCUCUCCUGUGUUACUUCCCAUCGUGUCACUAGUCACGCUAAAAGCUACGCGGUGGUCGGUGAAAACUAUCGCGGGAUGUAGAGAGUGGACGUGAUUGGUCGUUUAGUGUGUACGUUGUAACCUGGGACCAAGCCACAGCUUUACGGCAAACCGUGUGGCAGACGUACCGAGCUGCCACUGAUUUCCCUGCGGCCACCAUGUCAUGAGUUUGUGUACUGGAGGGACCACCUCAGGAUUUCUGAUUUCUGAUUCUAGACAGGUAGUGUGUAAGUGUGAGCUCCGUGAGUGGUGUAUGUCCUGAGUACUGGCACCGAAGGUCUUCAAAGGACAUUCUGCAGUAGCCUAACGUAACUCAAAGUCAGGUAAAACUGAUCAAUGACUUGUAUUGGUGAGAUAUUGGUCCACCCGCGGUCUCGAUACUGCACAAGUACGUCGACAAAUGAAUGAAAUUUCUCCCCCCAGCACCAGCUAGUAGCAGUGCCCAUUGAGGCAAGCUUAUAGCUGAAGCUUCGGUCAAUGUGGAGAGCGUGAGAUUGGCAGGCCCGCGGCAUUCUGCAGACACGAUCUCGCAGAAGUUGAGCCCCGACUAGCGAAGGAAUUGGACGAAGUCGCAUCUUGACCAUUUGUUGCACAGUGCAGCAGCAGUGUCGACAUCACGCCAUCAUUGGAGAUUAUUCUGCUGCUCCCUUGUCCUUGGCCUUGUCCCUUGCAGUGUGUGUUUAAAUUAUACAGUCGGUCAGCUGCUGUCGCACUCGUCGUGUUGGUUAGUCGAUUGUGCUGAACCCCUGAUCGAUCUGAGCGUCGACCAUGGCUUCGCACAUCAUCACGACAGCGACGGUCGCAGCCGUCACAGCCAAUUCCAUCACGGCGGCUGCUAGCUCUGGGUACGCUGCGGGUACGGGUGGCAGUAGUGGCAAGCACUUUCACUUGGCCAACAUACAGCAGGUUUUGCAGCAGCAGCAACCCCAGCAGCAGAUGAGUGAGUCGCUGAGUAGUGGUAGCGGGAGCAGUGGUCUUGCUGCGUUGACUCGCGGCGGCGAAAUGGAGAAAGCUGCAAGGAAGCUGUUCGAUGCCUGCUGUGGGCACGGUGGCGUGAUGAUGAGGGAGGAUGUGGCGAAAGUAUGCCAGGAGCUGCAGCUGUCCUCGUUCGCGGACCAGAUCGCGGAGGAGAUGGGGGCCGGCUCCCCCGGCGGCGUUCGCUUCGAGCAGUUCCUGGCCUGGUACCGGUCCACUCUCGACGACGAAAUGGCCGCCAGCAGCAAAGCGAGUACUCCGAGUACAGGCGAAACGACCUCAUCCUCUAUGCUGGACGGCGCGGGCUCAGACAUUUUCGACCGAGAGCUCAUGCAUAUCAGUGAGAUGCAGUUCCCGGCGGCAAUGGCGAGGACGGCGGCCAGGCAGGACAAGGCCGAGCCGGCACAGGAGCAGGCUUUGCCGGUGGAUGCCGCCACUGCGCAGGCCGCUGCCGACAUGGCCAGUGCGGCCGCCGUGGCUGCCAGCGGUGUGAGUAGCGGCAAUGGGGAAGCGGACAUUGCCAGGAAAGUGGUGCAGGACCUGAUCUCCUCGGUGGACAUGACCACCACGGACUUGUCUGAGCUUGCGACUAAGAUUCAUCAAGUCACCAUCAAAUCACUGAAGACGGCCGUCAACAAUCUGCAGCACCAGCUAAGCCAGGCCCACGGCAAGAUCAGCGGCAUGGAGACCACCAUCAAGCAAACACUGGAUGACCGGGCACAACUCAUCUCGAACUACGAGCGCCAGAUCGAGCUGUGCUCGUCGGACAUUGAGGAUCUGCGCCAGCAGUGCUGCGCCUUGCGUGGCCAGCUCAAGGUAGCAGAGGAGGAGAAGCUCGCUGCUGUCGAAACGGUGAAGACCGAGAUGAGCAAGCAGCAGGCGUUACCGCAGCUUCAGAAGGCUAAUCAGGGGCCAUGCCCGCAGUGUCAUGCAUUAAAUGACAAGCUAGCCGCACUGACCAGUCAAGUAGACGUGGCCCUCACCAUACAGUCACACAUUCCCUCGCAAGUCGGCAGUUCAGGAGCACCACCGCCAGCCACGGACAAGAAGACACACAGCCGUCGAUCCUCCACCAGCAACCCUCCCGUCCAUCUAGACGAGCGUCAGCUGCAGCAUGCAUCGCAAGACAUGUACUUUACGAAUCAGGCCGGCGUGGCCAUGGUUAAGUCCAAGUCCGUGUCCAAGAUCGAGAAUGCCUAUUUGGCAUCAACACCGGACGACGACCUCUCCGUCUCGCUGAAGGUCUCCACGCUGACUUCGAGUCCCAGUCGCGCCGGUGACGUCACCACAUACCAGGACCGCGCGGCCGAGUGGCUCCAACAGCAGGACUCUCACCUGCCCGUGUCGCCGGCACACAGCGGAGUGCCCAUGCAGAGACAGGCAGAGCUAUCACAGCUUGUCGGCGAGCAGUUCAAUGCCGGGCAGAUAGACCAGCUGGACACGGCGCUGCGGCAAUGCGCUUCCAUCGAUGACAUCAUCCGUGCUGUGUCCGUUCACACGACGGCCUACUUUGAACAGGAACUGAAACACAGUCAGCUGGAAAACGAACGCCUAGAGAGUCAGAUGAUGUGCCAGGAAGCCGAGAUGAAUGUUCUGUCGGUGACCCUGGCCGAGAGCAAGGACAUGGCUGACCGCCUGGCGCUGCAGACAAGACAGUUGCAGAACAACAACGAGGUGCUGGAGCUGGCGUACGAGAGCAGCCUGCAACGCCAGCACAUCUUCCAACUGCUGCUGGAAGCAAGCGACCUGAAAGCACUGCGCAUGGCCAUAAAGGUAUCCCGUGACAUUGGGUGUUUGCCAGACGAUGUUGCUGCGCUGCCCACUCUCACCUGGAUCCACGGCAUGGAGAGUAACGACUUCCACGACCUGCAUGCACUAUCCAGCCAGCUGCACACAAUGGAAGGAAAUCUCUUUCAGCGGAUUCACAAUGCGUUUCUGCCAGGCAAUCAAGAGUCGCCGCACAGUGGCAGCCCGUUGUUUGACGACCAGCUGACUCGGCGGCUGGCGCACAUCGCUGGUCGCGCAACGCCCUCGUCCGAGCUACGCACUCGUCCGCCGAGCGUCAACAGCCACGGCGCGUCCAUCGACGAAGAGAGCAGCAUUGCCGACUCUGGACACCAGUCCAUGCUACACAGCUACGCCAGUCGAAACCACUCGUAUUCACUGCCGGCCGACCUGAUGCGACUGCAACACAUUGCUAAAGACCUCAAGGAACAGCAAGAAAGUCUUGUAACAUCGCUGGCGCCGGUGGAGAUCCUGUGCAACGUCACGCCGUCACGCACGUCCAGCGACCUGACCAACGGGCGCACAGCCGACGAACUGGCCGUGCUCUUCCAGCAGGUGGUGGCGGAGAACGCCGUCCUGCUCCAGGACCUUGCCAUCCUGGUGCAGGACAAGGCAAACCUGAAGAAACGCCUGUACAACGCCGACACGACCAUGGCACAGCUGCAGCAGCAGGCCAGGAGCUGGCAGAGCCGUGAGCAGGCGCUCAUGACCCGACACCAGCAGCUGCUCGGCGAGCUCAGCAGCCAACGGCAGAGGAAGAUGGUGCUGGAACGCGAGCUGGAGAACGUCAGGUUCACGCUGGCCUCGGCUAAGAACCACUUUGCCGCGCAGUCAGAGCGUGAAGGACUGUACCGGAUGAACCCAUCCCGUCGCUCCUCCAGCUGCCGUCACCUGACAGCCCCUGCCUCCACGGCGGCCCUGCAGUCCAACGCCAGCAGAUGUCGCACUAACUCACCAUAGGCUGAAUCUUGACGACAGUCUGCCUCACUGACCGAUAUCGUCAUUGCACACACUGGGGAUCGGCGGAAGCAGUUUUGAAUUGGUCCGCCCAUACCCUGGCCUUUCAUACUUUGGUUAGGAUAUGACGGAUAGGCAUGACCUCAGCGAUAACACAUGUUGGUGGCCAGAAGUUGGUCCAGACAUGGCCUGACCAACUGGACAAGUUCCGCCGGGCCUGGCAGAUCAACAGUCGAAUCAGCCAACAAGCAAACCCAUAUAAACUGGACAGACGUCUAUACAGAAGGAAGACACCCAAUCAAGCUGGGUUCCUUGAGCUCGUCAAGCGUACCGACUGAACCCACCUCAACAGACCUCAACCAAGCACACACACAAACAUGCAUCUCAGUAUUGCUCGUCCCCUUUCAACAGUCAGCGCAAAAUACCAACAAAGGCUUACAAAAGCAUAGCUGAACUUGACACGAAAGCCGAUCCAAAGUAUCGAACAUCAUAUUCGCACUAGUUUACACCUUGAUUUUACCAACACCACCAGUCAACACCGGAGUUUAAAAGACUCAUGCUGCGCUAGCGUGAACUCCGGAAAACGAAAAAUUUAGUCUUGUUUAUUCCAGUCCUCACCAUCGUCAUUAUACAGAGUUUUAUGAACUUUUAUCCAACACGGUAUAAAUAUAAUUUGCACAGAUCUAUUUGCCACCGUGGUACAAGAUUCAUGAUACCGUAUUAUCAGUUAGGCAGUGAUGCCCCUCGAGCGGCACCAAGACAUUGUAUUUCACGAAGUACGUGAUAAACAUAUUUAACUAGUGACUUCUAAACAAAUAUUUAGACGCUCGUCUAUGCUAGCCAGGAUGAUAUUAAUCACAGUAAUAUUUACGUAUUCUGUGUGAUGCUUCCUUGG